AUGCGCGUGGUUACCGUGGUAAUUCUGCUCUUCUUUUGUGAAGCCGCUGAGCUCCGCAAGGCAAGCCCCGGGGGCCCGAGAGGCCGAGCGAAUCAUGGCAGGGCGGGUGGGAGCAGGAGAGGCUCCAACCCGGUCAAACGCUACGCACCAGGCCUCCCCUGCGAAGUCUACACGUAUCUUCACGAGAAAUACUUAGAUUGCCAGGAAAGAAAACUAGUUUACGUGCUGCCUGACUGGCCUCAGGAUUUGCUGCACAUGUUGUUAGCAAGAAACAAGAUCCGCAUAUUGAAGAACAAGAUGUUUUCCAAGUUUAAAAGGCUCAAGAGCCUGGAUCUGCAACAGAAUGAGAUCUCCAAAAUUGAGAGCGAGGCUUUCUUUGGUUUAAAUAAACUGACCACUCUCCUCCUGCAGCACAACCAAAUCAAAGUCUUGACGGAGGAAGUGUUCAUUUAUACGCCUCUCCUGAGCUACCUGCGUCUUUACGACAACCCCUGGCACUGUACUUGUGAGAUGGAAACGCUUAUUUCCAUGUUGCGGAUUCCAAGAAACCGGAAUUUGGGGAACUACGCCAAGUGUGAAAGCCCCCACGAACUGAAAAACAAAAAACUGCGGCAGAUAAAAUCUGAACAGUUAUGCAAUGAAGAAGAAAGCGAACAGUUAGACCCGAGACCCCAAGUGUCCGGGAGACCCCCUGUCAUCAAGCCCGAGGUGGACACCUCUCUUUGCUACAAUUACGUGUUUCCCAUACAAACGCUGGACUGCAAACGGAAAGAGCUGAAGAAAGUUCCAAACAACAUCCCUCCAGAUAUUGUUAAACUUGACUUGUCAUACAAUAAAAUCAACCAACUUCGACCCAAGGAGUUUGAAGAUGUUCAUGAGCUAAAAAAAUUAAACCUCAGCAGCAAUGGCAUUGAAUUCAUAGAUCCUGCUGCUUUUUUAGGACUCACACAUUUAGAAGAGUUAGAUUUAUCCAACAACAGUCUACAAAACUUUGACUAUGGAGUAUUAGAAGACUUGUAUUUUUUGAAACUCUUGUGGCUCCGAGAUAACCCUUGGAGAUGUGACUACAAUAUCCACUACCUCUACUACUGGUUAAAGCAUCACUACAACGUCCACUAUACCGGCCUGGAAUGCAAAAUGCCUGAAGAAUACAAAGGGUGGUUUGUGGGAAAAUACAUUCGCACUUACUUCGAAGAAUGCCCCAAAGACAAAUUACCAGCAUACCCUGAAACAUUUGACCAGGAUACGGAAGAUGAGGAAUGGGAAAGAAUACAUAGGGAUCACACAGCAAAGAAGCAAAGUUAAGUCAGCUUAUACAUAGAAUAAAAUCCCAUUUCAGACUCCUGUGCAUUCCAAAAUGAGGUCCUGGUAUUCUCAAAUUCUCAAGU